ACCCCCACUUUGCGCAACCCUCGCUUUCUCCGGUUAUAAAGAGCGCGCCCGGCGCCCGGCGGGGACCCACUCUGCGAAGCCUCUCCCAACGAAGCGAUGGCACCCACGGCCUGCCUUCUGCUCUGCCUCUGCCUCUUCCUCGGAGGGGGGCGAGCCCGCACCACAGAGGCCCCCAAGACCCCCGGGAAGUGCCACCUGGAGGGCACCUGGGUGAACGAGCUGGGCUCUCGGAUGUCCAUCUCGGCUCUGGACGGGGAGGGCCGCUUCUCGGGCUCCUACUUGACCGGCGUGACGGCCUCGCAGAACCCCAUCCGCACCUCCGGACUGACCGGUGCCCAGCGCCAGGGCGCACAGCCCACCUUCGGCUUCACCGUCCUCUGGAGCUUCUCAGACUCGAUGACGGUCUUUGUGGGGCAGUGCUUCGUGUCGGAGAGCGGCGAGGAGACCCUGGAGACCACCUGGCUCCUGCGGGAGACCGUCCCCUCCCACUCCGAGGACUGGAAGGCCACCCGGGUCGGAACGAACACCUUCCUGCGCCUCAAGUGAGAGACCCAGACCCUCCUUUGACUGGAAGCCUCCAUCUUCAGGACCCUGCAAUGUUCUUACCCAAAGCUAAUUUUUCCUUUAUAACACUGUUUAACACAAUUUUUGUUCUUGAGUUAUCAUUGUCAUUGUUUCCUAAUUGGUUCUAUCAUCAUAAAAACAUGGGGAAAAUGUAUUAAACAGCAAAAAUUUUGUCUUUGCGGGUGGGACGUCAUCCAUACAGAAACAGCAAACAAUCAAGUGCCAGUUAAACAAAGGGUGCCUCCAGCAAACAACAGCCAGGCUACCUCUAUGUAAUACCCUCACUGAUUGACUUUGCAACUGCGAGGCCACUCAAUGCUAUUCAAGCUUGCUAAUUGCAACAUUCACACUUGUUUCAAACAGACAAGGGUUAUUUCUCCCACCCUGGGCAUCAUUCUGCAGGUCUAUAUACACUCCACUUACUACUUCUAUGCAGAUAGCCUCACUGAUUGACUUUGCAAACUUUAUGGCUACUCAAUGCUACUCAAGCUUGCUAAUUGCAACAUUCAUACUUGCUUCAGACACACAAGGGUUCAUUCUCCCACCCUGGACAUUAUUCCACAGACAUAUAUACAUUCCACUUGCUACUUCUAUGCAGAUACCCUCACGGAUUGACUUUGCAAAAUUUCAUGGGUAUGCAAUGCUAAUAAAGCUUGCUAAUUGCAACAUUCAUACUUGCUUCAGAAACACAAGGCUUCAUUCUCCCAUCCUGGACAUUAUUCCACAAGUAUAUAUACAUACACUCCACUUGCCUUCCUUCCAACAGAUUUCUGAAGAUGCCAUUAACCACAGAUGCAGGUGAAACGUCAGGAGAGAAUGCUGCUGGAAUAUGACCAGACAGCCUGGACAACUCACAGCAACCCGCCAUUAUUAUUAUUGUUUCAACUAUUAUAGAGUCCUAGAGUUUGAAGCAACGCCAAGAGGCCAUCCAGUCCAACCCCCUUCCGCCAUAAAGGAAGGCACAAUCAAAGCUCUCCCGACAGAGGGCCAUCCACACUCUUGUUUUACUUGCUAAUUUGCAUUUUGCACUGGUUUUGCAAUGAAUAUCUUAUCAUUGAGUCUCAACCAAUUGCACAUAGUUUUUGCCACAAAAACAAAGUUUCUGGAGUUAGAACAACUCCUUUCAGAGUAAGGGUUGCAGAAUUAAACAGGAAAUAAUACUUUCAAACCAGGAACGGAAAAUGUCUCAAGUUUUGUUACACAGUGUUCAUUGUCUUUCAUUGCAAUUACUUCCCAUUUGGGACUUUUGUUACAAUAUUGCUUCUUUGUAACGUGUGAUUAUUAUCAUCAACCGGCUCAUUAAAAAGUAUUGGCUUGAAA